UCAAAAUAUCAACCAUCAAAUAGGAUCCUGCUUCUGUGUGACAGACAAUUCCAUGUGGAGCAGCAACAGGACUAUAAUGUGACAUCAGCCUUGGAUACUUUGCCAGGAGUCGGCUCCUAGCAAAAGGAAAGAUCAGCGGGACUGACAGGUAAAGGACGGAACAGUUGAAUUCCACAUCUGAAGGAAAGGGAGAGUAAGCUCUAAGCUGUGUGUGGGCCUCAGAUGGAGCAUAGGUGCUCAAUGAAGCAGUCACCCAAUCUAUGUUGGGUCUCACCAAUAUACAGGAGUCCACAGCAGGAGCACUGGACACAGUAUAUGACCCCAACAGACUCAGAGGUCACUUGGAACAGAGCUUGGUUACCACAGUAAAGAUGUUAUUCAAACGAUUCCUCUGGCUGGUUGUUUUAAUUGGCCUCACCUACUCCGAUGAAACAAAUGAACAACCAGAAGACAUGGAACCUGAAGCUGAAGCUGAACCUGAACCUGAACUUAAACUUGAAACUGAAUCCCCUGUUGUCGUCAGUCCUCCUGAAAUUCUGGCAACAACUCCCCAAGCACCUCCUCGAGUAAUUGAAGGUUGCCAGAACUGGAUGGCAGGAAUACCUGGCAGUCCCGGCCACAAUGGCAUCCCUGGCAGAGACGGUAGAGAUGGCCGUGGUGGUGCAAAGGGAGAAACUGGUGAAACAGGAGAACCAGGACCAAAGGGUGAUGAAGGAGUACCUGGCCUACCAGGUUUAGAUGGUAAAGAGGGGCUUGCUGGGCUUCCAGGAGACAAGGGAGAAAAGGGAGAUAGUGGGUAUUCUUAUCGCUCAGCAUUCAGCGUGGGUCUGACCUCAAGAAAUCCUGUCCCAAACAUGCCUAUCAAGUUCUCCAAAGUUUUCUACAAUGAUGAAAAGCACUACAAUGAAGACACUGGAAAGUUCACUUGCCCAUACUCAGGGAUCUAUUUCUUUUCAUAUCAUAUUACUGUCUAUACUAAGGAUGUCAAGGUUGGCUUGUAUAAAAACAAUAAGGUUAUCAUUUUUACUUAUGAUCAGUUUCAGAAUAAUGAUGUUGACCAAGCUGGAGGUUCUGCAGCUAUUCAUUUGGAUGAAGGGGAUGAAGUGUGGUUGCAGGUUUAUGGAGACAAUACAUUUAAUGGGAUUUAUGCUGACAACAAUAAUGACUCUGUGUUUACAGGAUUCCUCUUGUACCCAGAUCUGCAUUAAAGAAGUUUCAUUACUAUUUUCUUAAAACAAUUACAGAAUUUCUAUAUAAAUCACUUUAAAAAUGUAACCACCACUAAUUGUUUUCUAACUACAAACUGAGAACACGGAGAAUCGGAGAAGAAAAUUGUUAGUUCCGUAUUUUGCUUCUUUACUAUGAAUCCGUAACCUCAAAAAUUAAGUGAAUUAUAUGCAUAUUUCAUAUAAUCUUCUUACAUAGUUGUUAAGAUAUAACUGAAUAAAGAUUCUUAAACUAA